AAAUACACUCAUCGCAGACUGAGAGGAAGGCAAAGAGGCGCGCACAGCCACUCAGAGGCGGCGAGCGAGAGGGACCCGGGAAGGCAUUGGCGGAGAAAUCGCAGUCGGGAGAGCAUCACCAACCAGAGGUGGUCUUUCCACCUAUUUCCCAAUAUCAUCCAAAUCUGAAAAAAAGGCGAGAAAAGAGCACUGGAGAGGCGGCGAGGAGAAAGAGAGAGGAAGCGAGCGAGCGGGAGAGCAACGCUGCCAGACUAUCUAGAUCGCCGAGCCCUCAAAGUGCUGGGGAAAUCACUCGGCUUGUGGAGAAGGGAUGCUAUGAUUUUUAUUUUUUUAUUUUUUACCUGGGUUUCGCAGCCGUGAAAUCUCCAGAUCUGAUCCUCGUCUCUCUCUCGUUUUCUCUAUUUGAGGGGGAGGAAAUGAAAGAAUAAAGAUCUUUCAAAGAAACUCCUGGCACCAAAGACCUUAAGGGACUGAGAAGACCAGCUCUGGCCAAAAGAGGCUGGAAAUCCCUAAACUGAAGAGCCGGCGAAAGGAGAGAGGCAGAAGAGGCAGUGUGAGAACUGGGAUUAUCUGAAAGGAUUCUAUUUUUGACUGAACACCCUGCUCGCUCCUUCUUCAUCCAUUUGCACCCAUUAAGGACUAUUUUGCUGUGACUGUGUCCAUCUCAAAAGGCACUUCUACACAGAUUGGAAGCCAACUAGUAGGCUGCGUUUUAAUGAAGGAACCUCCGAGCUGCUAACAAUCACACAAACGGGAGGUGUAAGACCUUCGAGGCGAGCGAUGCCGUCGUCAUGGAAACUCACCCUGCUUCUGUCACUCACCAGCUGUCUUACAGGAUACUCCAAAGCUGUUCCAGGAAUCCCUACUUCAUAUGCUGCUGUCUUAAGGCUCAAGUCUGCCAGCUCGUCAUACUCCUCAUCGGCCCUUAACUCGAAGAGCAGGCAACGAUCAAGCAGCCCUGCUUUGGGAAGCAUCUCUUCGCCAAGCUGGCAAGGGGCACCACAACAUUAUCACUCGCCGACAAACCUCUAUCACUUUGCAGAGGCCUUCAAGCAUGAUGAGAGUGUCGAUUAUGGGCCGGUGUUUAUACAAGAGCCUGACAAUGUAAUUUUCCCCAUGGAUUCAGAUGAGAAGAAAGUAUCCCUCACCUGUCAAGCACGAGGGAACCCAGCACCAACCUACAGAUGGCUCCGGAAUGGAACGGAGAUAGACACCGAAAGUGAUUACCGGUACAGCGUGAUAGAAGGGAGCAUUAUCAUCAAUAACCCCAGCGAAACAAAAGAUUCUGGGCAGUAUCAGUGCUUUACCACCAACAUGUUUGGCAGCAUAUUGAGCAGAGAAGCUACACUUCAGUUUGCAUAUCUGGGGAAUUUCAGUGGUCGGACGAGAAGUGCUGUGUCAGUGCGGGAAGGUCAAGGCGUCGUUCUGAUGUGCUCCCCACCGCUCCAUUCACCAGAGAUCAUCUACAGCUGGGUAUUUAAUGAAUUCCCCUCCUUUGUGGCAGAAGACAGCCGGCGCUUUAUCUCCCAGGAAACGGGAAAUCUCUACAUUUCCAAAGUACAGCCCUCGGAUGUAGGCAGCUAUAUCUGCCUGGUGAAGAACACGGUGACCAAUGCGAGAGUGCUUAGCCCACCCACACCGCUAACACUUCGGACUGACGGUGUGAUGGGGGAAUAUGAGCCGAAAAUUGAAGUCCAUUUUCCAUACACAGUUACAGCUGCUAAGGGAUCUACUGUUAAGAUGGAGUGCUUUGCACUUGGCAACCCAGUUCCAACAAUCUCAUGGAGGAAGGUGAAUGGCCCCAAUCCAAGCAAAGCCCGCCUGCGGAAAUCCCAAGCGGUUCUUGAAAUUCCAAAUGUGCAGCUGGAAGAUGCAGGGACAUAUGAAUGUAAGGCCGAAAACUCACGUGGAAGGAAUGUCUUCAGAGGACAGCUGCAAGUAUACAGUAUGUUGUUGUUGUUGUUAAUCAUUUUGCUUAAUACUGAAUGA